AUUUUAAUUCAGAUAAAAAUUGGUAUUUAAAUGCAUAAUUUAUUUUCCAAAGCAAACUUCUGAGGGAAAAAAAGAAAGGCAACAAAAAUGGUCAAAUCUAGACUAUACUUAUACUUUUUUACUGUAAUGUGCUUUAUAGUGGCCAUCGAUUGUUCAAAUUUCAUUAACGUUCGUAAUAACGUGCUUGUUCGCAAAGAGAUCAGCAAUGACCUUCAUGGAAAGAUAUACCAUAUACCAUUACUUUUGGACAAUAAAGACAACUGUCGUCUACACCAUUUGUCUACAGACAUGCUUCUACAAUUUGUUUGGUAUAGUGAUGUCAUUGAUGAGCCUUGUUAUGUCACAAUACAGCCACAGAGUAAAUACGAAUCAUAUACACCGUUCUGUAUGGAGAUCAAAGCAAAGAAUAUUCCGUGUAAGGGAAACUUUCCUUUAAUAACGUACAAGACCAGAUUGGACAAUUACAGGUUUCAUGAAGGGACUAUUCCAUGCACAUCGAACAUUGAACAAGAGCGAUGCUUUUCAGAGAAAACAUCGUUGACCGUUAUCUUUUCUUCCAUGAUCCCAAAACCCAAGACUUCUUCAUUUUCAGUACGGUUUUAUACACAUAGGACUAAUACAGUAGAUAAUAGCGCGUGCAGCUUUGGCUGGAAAGUAUUUGGAGAUCAUUGUUAUUACUUUGGAAGAGAUCUAAAGAAUUGGACCAAUGCAAAGGAAUUUUGUGAAGAAAGUGGUAGCAUUCUUGUAAGAAUUGAAACACCCGAAGAAAACGAAUGGAUUUAUAACCAUCAAGAAAAAGAAGAUAUGUGGACUGGAGGAAUUAGAAGCUUCUAUGAUGACUUCAUAUGGUAUGAUAAUAGAGAGGACAUGCUAUAUACAAACUGGAAUUUCAUGGAACCUAGCAAUCGCUAUGACAAUGAAGAUUGUAUGUUGUUACUCGUUACAAACAGCGGGAAGUGGAAUGACAGAAAGUGUUCCAUCAAAGCUGAAUUUAUCUGCGAAAAAAAUAUUUAGGAGAAAAUACAUUCCUUUUGCGUUUAUUUCAUUGUCUUAUUGUAUUAAAAAUAGAAUAAUUAAAUCAUCAGUCCAGUUCAUAUAGAAAGAAAUUCAACAUUUCAUUUGAUUCUUGAAUCGUGUCUUUUAUGAAAAUAAACUGUAUUUAAUGUACAUCCUCAAAUAAAAUCGCAUUCAAAAUGUCUGCCUCUGA